AUCAUCAACCAACAACUUGCAAUCCAAUAACUUUAAAUCUUUUAAUACAUCUCUUCAAAACUUCCAAAAGAAUUCAAACUUUUGAAACAAAAAUCUAGAAAAUGGCUUUGGUGAGAAGUCUACUGGGUGCAAAGAAGAUUCUUGGCCGCUCCAUCUCAGUAGCUUCCACGAGCAAAAGAACAGCCUCAGCAGCACCAAAAGGGUUUCUUGCGGUGUACGUAGGAGAGAGCCAGAAAAAGAGAUAUGUGGUGCCAAUAUCAUACUUGAGCCAGCCUUCCUUUCAAGCACUUCUCAGUAAAUCCGAGGAGGAGUUUGGGUUUGAUCAUCCAAUGGGUGGCUUAACAAUCCCCUGUCCUGAAGAUAUCUUCAUCAACGUAACAUCUAGGCUCCAAUGAUGAUUAUCCAAAUUUUUUUCUUUUGAGUUAGCAAUAGAGUUAUUCAUUGUAAUUUAUACAUAGGGGAUUUUUCUCAUUUUCUUUCUUCUAAAGUUGCGAAAGUAAAUACCAUUUUCAUGUUAAACUACUACACUUUUGAUCAAUCAUUGAAAAACAAAGGACAACACCAUUCUACUAUUUAAAUUAUACUUGUAAAAAAAAGUGAAGUAUUCAUCACCCAUUGAAGUUGUAAGAUCAAGAAAAGAGCCAAGUAUUGGGAGAAACAGAGUAACGACGUUUUACACAAAGGAGUUUGUGUGUUACACGCAGAUGUGGCAGAGUUAUGGAAAGAUGACGUGGCGAUACUCAUUAGUUCCAGGAUAUAGCUUGCACAUCAAGUUGAGAGAUUAAUGGAAGAUUUGGAUUCACCGAGAUAUUAGGAAAAUAGAAUAUUCGGUAAGGACUACUUAACUAGAUUGUCUAGGAUAGAUCUAGGUUAAGCACGUUAUUGUAAAAGCUUGAGCAAGAGGGUGUUCUUGUCAAGAGUUAGACGAUCGAAUGCCUUGUGUUGAGCAGCUCGAUUGUGUCAUUCAUAUUAGAAAUUGGUCCGUCUCUAGUCGUCUGUGACUGAGAGUAAUUCGGAUUAAACAGAUCUAGGAAGAUUGUUUAAAAGGUUUCUAAUAAUCAAGGAAAGUGUUCUUGAA